AUGGCCUUGUUCACCCAUGGAGACGACCUGAAGGAGGCGGGAGUCUCCAUAGAGACAUUCAUUAGUCAGAAUCAGCCUCUCCGUGACUUCAUCAGUCAGUGUGAUGGAGGUUACCAUGUGUUUGACAACAGAGACAAGGAUCUCCAUCAAGUUACUGAGCUGGUGACAAAGAUCAACAUUAUUGUUCAGAUAAAUGGAGGAAGCUGCUACACCAAUGAAAUGUUCCAAGCAGCUGAGAGAGCCAUAAGAGAAGAAAUGGAACAUCUGAAGAGAGAAAAUCCAGAUAUUGCUUGCGCAAAAACAAGAAGACAGGCAGAGGAAGACAAUUCGUUUCUUAAGGCGGUUCUAAUGGGCGCUGGUACUGGAGCUGCUGCUGGAGCUGCUGUUGGAGCUGAUGUUGGAGCUGAUGUUGGAGCUGAUGUUGGAGCUGCAGUGGGAGCUGUAGCAGGAGCUGUAGCUGUGGCAGUGGAGAAGGCCUGCAUCAUACACUCUGACCUGAGGGUGGUGCUGGUGGGGCAGGAGAGAGUGGGGAAGAGCUCAGCAGGAAACACCAUCCUGGGAAAGAAGGAGUUCGACUGUAAGUUCAGUUCCUCACCUCUGACGCUGAGCUGUGAGAAGAGAGAAGGUGAUGUUCAGGGUCGCAGAGUCUCUGUGGUCGACACCCCCGGACUCUUCAGCUCUCAGCUGUCUGAGGAGCAGGUGAAGGCACAGCUGGAAGAAGCACUAAAGCUGAGCUCUCCAGGUCCUCACGUCUUCCUCCUCACCAUCCAGCUCGGAAGAUUCACUGAACAGGAACAGAAAGGUCUGAAGACUCUGGAGAAGAUGCUGAGUCCUAAUGUCUCUGAACACACCGUGGUGCUGUUCACCUACGGAGACCGACUGGAAGACAUGGACAUUGUUCAGUUCAUCAGAGAAGACAAGAACCUGCAAGAGCUGCUGAAGAACUGCAGCGGCCAGUACCAAGUGUUCAACAACAAAAACAUGGAGGACAGGGAUCAGGUCAAAGAGCUGUUUGACAAAAUAGAUUCAGUCUCUGAGGGAGGACGAUUGAUUUAUGAGAAAAGAUCUUGGUUAUUGAAUCUAAUGAUCAGAGUUUGGAUGAUUUGCGAACGGUGCCGUUGGUUUUUUAACACCAUCAGUAACUUCUACAGAUGGUUGAGAGCCACAUAGAAUGAGAUGAAUCAAUAUACAGAAGUAAAUAGUUUUUCUCUCAUGUCAGCCUGAACAGACCACCCACCAUUUUGAGUUCCCCUCUCCUACAAGUGAGAUCAGUUCAUUAUGUAACUUUAACAUGCAUGUAGUCAGAGACGUGCACAGACAUGUUGAGGGGCUGUUCCUGAAUGAUGUAUAUGUUCAUUUAACCAACCAAAUCAAGUUUAAAUGUAUCAA